AUGUCUACCCCCGAGCUCGCCUGCUCUUACGCCGCUCUGAUCCUCGCCGACGAUGGCCUUGAGAUCACCGCCGACAAGAUCCAGACUCUUCUGACCGCCGCCAACGUCCAGGAGGUCGAGCCCAUCUGGACUUCUAUCUUCGCCAAGGCCCUCGAGGGUAAGGACAUCAAGGAUCUCCUGACCAACGUCGGCUCCGCUGGCCCUGCCGCUCCCGCCGCUGCCGCUGCCGGUGGUGCUGCUGCCCCCGCUGAGGCUGCUGAGGAGAAGGAGGAGGAGAAGGAGGAGUCCGACGAGGACAUGGGCUUCGGUCUGUUCGAUUAA